GAGUGUCUAUGACGUCAUCAUCAAUGGACACUGUUGUCAUUCCUGAAAUGUGAAACACUCCAGUCUGUAUUUGGCGCGUUUAAGAAAAUAGUCGAAUUUUGAACAAAUAUAUUAAAAAUGGCUGAUUACUGGAAGUCACAACCGAGGAAAUUUUGCCAAUACUGUAAAUGCUGGAUUGCGGACAACAAGCCUAGCGUUGACUUCCACGAGAGGGGAAAGAAUCACAAAGAAAAUGUGGCUGCCAAAAUCUCAGAGAUUAAGAAGAAGAGCAUUGAAAAGGCAAAGCAGGAGGCACGCAUGUCCAAAGAUUUUGCAGCAAUGGAAGAAGCAGCGCAGAAGGCUUAUGAGGAGGAUCUGAAGAGAAUGGAGAGGGAAUCGGAAGGAGGAUCAAGUUCUCCAGUCCGAGUGACACCACAGCCACGAGUGGCACCACAGCCACAACCUCAAGUAAAACAUCCACCCAAAAAGAAGCACAAGAAAAAUGAGAAAGCAAGCAGAAAGUUCAGAGACCAGACAGGAACGCAGGUCUGGGUGGAAGGCCUCACAGAUGAUGGACAAACUUAUUAUUACAACACAUUAUCUGGAGAGUCUCGGUGGGAAAAGCCAUCAGAUCUCAUGGGGGGGAACUCAGUCCCUACCCAGCCUGAGAGUUCCCCAGGCUCUGCUUGGAUGGAAGCUGUCAGUCCUGAUGGUUUUACAUAUUACUACAACGCAGAAACUGGAGAGUCCAACUGGGAGAAGCCAGCAGACUUUCCAUCUACUGAGGCAGCUGCAUCCAACAAAGAAGAGGAGAGCCAAGGGGAGCCUUCAGCCGCUCAGCCAGAGCAGAGCUCUGGAGGGGAAUCUCAGGAGGCGCAAGCCCCGGAACAACCUAAAAUCCCAAAGAUCAACUUCAGGAAAAGAAAAGUGGAGGCAGAACCAUCAGAAACAGAGGUAGAAGAUAAAGCCACUGAUGAUGCUCCUAAGGAGGAAGAGACUAAAAAAGAAGAAGAGGUUCAAAGCACACAAGCUGAGCCUGAGAAGAAAGAGGAAAAAGCAACACCAAAAGAGACAUUUGUCAGAAGGCCAAAAAAAGUGGCUAAUCCGUAUGGGGCGUGGGAAAAGGUUCAGGAGGAAGUAGAUCCAUACACAAAAGUGGACCUUCAGUUGCCCCAGGUGGAGGUGAGCACCACCGCCUCUCCGGCCGACCUUCCGGCAGAGCCCAAGCCCAAGUUCAGGGAGCGGGUCAUCACUUCCCUUGGGGACGAAGGCGGAUCGGCUUCGUUCAGGAAAAACAAAACACAGAACGGCAAAUCCAGGAGCUUCCGACAGCGAGAUGAGGAUGACUGACCCAAGCGGGCCAACAAUUCAAAUUAAGGAGAAUAAGACUUUUACACAAAUUAAAUUCUUUCUAGGAACAUUUUGAUGAUUUCAGUAAGAUAUUUAUUUUUUGUUCUCCUUAUUUUUUUAGUUAACAUUUUAGGACAAAUUGGCCUUGAAAAUCUUUAAAACCAAAUACCUUUUUUUUUUU